AUGGGCUUCACCUACAAGCGCUGUUCAGACUCAGACAAGGACCUCGAACGAGGUGACUUUGAGUCCGAGUCCGAGCUCAACACACCCACCCCCGAUCUGUCCGCAUACCUGUCAAGCCUAGAACAGCAACAGCAGCAGCUGGCGCAGAAACUAGAGCAACAGGAGCAACAGGAGCAACGUAAUAAGACCCAGUCCCGUUGGGAACGCUUGAUUGAGUAUGAUCCAGAUGGGUUCUGGAAUGUGAAGCCUUCGGAGCUUGGGUGUUGGUUUAUAUCAUUUAUUGUGAUAGUGUUUGUUAACUCUCUCCCGUCAUACAAAGCAGUACUACUCUCUCAAUCCGUAUUGGAACUGGACCGAAAAUACGACCAUCCUUACUGGGAGAAGAAUGAAGACCAAGAUGAAUCAAUGGAGUCCUUCUUUUUAAACAUGGGCAAUGUAGGCCAUAAUGAUCAUCGGAGCGAGUCAGACCUCGAACAGGGCGAGUUUGACAAUACAAGCGAUGAGGAUUCAGGAAUUGGCACUGUGAAUCCUUCAUCGUCGAACCAUGACCAACGAGACUAA